AUGUUAUCUAGCGAUUCAGAGAACGAAUUUUGGGAAAAUGACACUUCGCAGGAUCGCAUUCAGUGGUUCAUCGCUGCAGCUGAGGCCGAGGCUGCAUCGUCUGCGCAUCCAACGAGUUCAAGAGGCGGCACGAUAGGAGCUAGUAAUAGUUCUGUCAAGAAGAAGCCUCGAGUGCAGACGUCCCGGACCGAAGAGUUUGGGAGAUCUAAUCCUUCGUCGACGGUGAACUCCCGAACUGAAUCAAAGAGAUCGCCAUCAAAGCAGCCUGAUCGUCAGGCAGGGUACGACACGGACAUGGCAGAUGUGGAAGAGGUUGAAAACAUGGUGGAGACGGAUACUGAAGCGUCGUUGUCUUCUGAUACUUCCUUCAAAUUCUCGCAGUUCGACUCUCGAACGACGUCAAUGACGUCUGUUCUUUCAACCCCAUCCUCUAGCACGAGAUCACCCCGAAAGCGCACAUUAGAGUAUAUGGACACUUUCGGACGUCCGUCCCCUCCUGGCACUCCCUCACCUAAAGCGCGCAAAAUGACAGUACAGCUGGCUGCUCGCGCAAGCACUAUGCAGACUGAGGGGCCACAGAUAUUCCGUCGUCCGACCAAAGCAGGAGAUCAGCUCAGCCCUGGUCAACCUUCGCCGAUGAAGAAGUCCAUCUCAGCAAUGGAUUCAUCAACGCCACGCGCCUUAGAGGGUCGGAAGUUCCUUCGUCGUUCUGAUUCUGAUUCUUCUGCUGCGCGAGCGAUCGCUAACUCUCCUCUCACUCCCACUCAAUCCACGGGUAGGAAAUCACCGUCGAAGGCAUCAACCUCCGGUUCAUCAUCCACACUGAGCAAAAGCCCUGAAUUCGCCUCGGCGCCACCGAAAUCAGGGUUUGUUAUCGUAGCUCAUUCCAGAGCAAUUCAGAAGAUCUUGGACGACAAGAGGAUUGCAUGGGGUGUGCAGUACGAACUUGCUCGUGGGGUCUCACAAGGGUUGUGGAGCUGGGACGAUGUGACAGAAUCGAAGCUAGAAAUUCUGCAAGGUCCAAACAGGACCGCGGCACCUCUCGUAGCGCAAGUGAUGUCGUCGGGCAACUUCGUAACAAGGGAAACCGAAGCGGAUGCCCAGCUUUGGCAAGAGCUCGAUCGUGAAGAGAAAGCGAUUAUUGAGAAUCGUAGUCGCGGACUUGGGCUGCAGGGGGAAUGGGACGAGAAGACGAACUGGUAUGGUGGGAAGCUACAGCAGGUCGCAAGUCUUGUCAAAACGGGGGACGGCCGAGCGGCGAUUUAUAUCCUCAAGCUUGAGAAGAUACGCAUGCGGAAGUCCACCCGCUUUGCGCGAUUUCUGGGUUCCCGCCGAGUUCUCCAGGUCAAUAUACCCUCGUCCCUCAAAUAUGCCGACCUACCGUUCAUCCGCAAGUUCAUGUGUCAGCAAUUCAUAGUCUGUGGCAGGAUUUACGUCCCCUUCUGCUCAAAAGAGGGCAAGGUGUACAUGAUGGAGAUCAAUCAAGACUACGAACGGACGCGCAAUACUGAUGGCGAUCAAUAUCGUAUAUCUCUCUCAGCAUUUGUGGGAUGGCACAACAACCUGGCAUUGAACACGGGGCAGCCCACAACUAAGUGGACUACACGUUUCGAGUUAGGCCUUUCGACAUCGGUCCCUGCCAUACAGUUCCAGGACAAUGGUGAUAUCAUUUACCUCGAUGAUAAAGUGGCUCCGUACGAUAAGGCUCUGAAAAAGGCACCGCCAGAGAAUAUAUUCACGGACGGCUGCGGUUUCAUGAAUGGCGCGGCGUUGAUGCAGAUCGGAAGACAAAUGGGAUACUCUGAACGACCAACUGCACUGCAGGGUCGCGUUGCGGGCGCAAAGGGCGUCUGGCUUUUACACCCAGACGACCAAGCACCAGACAACGAACCGAAGAUAUGGAUUCGGCCAUCGCAGCUAAAGAUCAAGCAUCCCAAGCUGAGUCCCGAGCUGAGUCCCGCCCAACUAAUUUUCGAUCUCGUCGCACCUCCACGUGUAGUCGUCCCAUCCAGACUCAAUAGGUACGCGAUAAUGAAUCUAGCGCACAACGGGGUCCCAACCAAAGUCUUUGUUGAACUCAUGGAAGAUGGCAUCAUGGAAAUCAUGACUUCCUUGACGAACUGGACUGGUCCUGAGUCCAUGCGCCUGCUCUGGGCUGCCGUGUGCAAGGCUGGUCGGGUCACAGGCAUGCAGCUUCAAAGAUUGGGGUCUGUCUCGUCGAGGGCACUAGGUCUCUCGGGAAGAUUUGAGAGGGAUUUGGACGGCCAGGGCGUGGAUCUUGAAGAUGCAGAUGAUGAUUCCGACAACCUUUUUGAGUCCACAACUGGUCGCGAUCCAUACAGCGGGAGACCGAUCAGUAUUCAUGAGAAGGUGAUGGAACUCCUCCAAUCGGGUUUCAGUCCGCUGGAACUCCCUUUGCUUUUCACCGAGCUUCGGCGGGUCAUCACUUUCAAGAUAGAUGAGUUCUUGAAGGAGUAUCAUAUUGCUGUUCCCAAGUCUGCCGAAGCGUUCAUUGUCCCAGACCCCUAUGGUAUUUUGGACGAGGGUGAAAUACAUUUCAGGUCCUCGCAAGACUUAAAACAUGGUAAUGAAGACUUACAUCCCAAAAUCAUCUUGGGCGAUGUUUUGAUCUACAGAAACCCUGCCAGAGUGCCUUCGGAUAUCCAGAAGGUCACAGCUGUUGCCUGUUCUAAACUAUCUGAAUAUUUGGAUGUUAUUGUAUUGCCCACGAAGGGUACCCGUUCGUUAGCAAGUGUUCUCGCAGGCGGAGAUGUGGACGGAGACACUUGUGUCUGUAUAUUUGAUCCAGCGCUUGUCCAACACUUCACGAAUCCGCCUUUAACGACUCAUGCGGCUGACUUUAUCUCCGAAAAUUUCAAACCGGAAGGCACAAUUGAGACGGUUGGUCACUUGCACAGUCGAUUAGAAGGUCUUCCUCCUGUCGAACGACAGCUAGAAUUGCAGAAGACCUUGCUCUCCGGUCUUGCAGACAAGCCGGUAGGGAUCUACUCGAAGUUCCAUGAGAUUGCGGCAUACACCCUGGGCUAUGAUCACCCCGACACGAUCCGCAAUGCUUUCAUGUUUACAACAGUUCUUGAUUCCGGUAAAACGGGUCAUAAAGUCAAGGACGAUGUCCUGAAGUUGGAUAAGCAGCGGUUCGAUCGUGGUCCCCCAGUAUGCAUGAAACUGGGCAACAACCAGGAUUCCGAUUCCGGUGUAAUUCGUGUAGUUCGCAAGGACCUACCACCGUUCAUUCUGGACCAGUUACUUGAUGCUGGAAAGCAAAUCCAUGACAACUGCAUGAAGGAUUACGACAUGCUGGGGGAACAGCAUAACAUAGCUGGCAGUCGUAGGAAGGUAGACAAUGACCUCUUGAAGCCCCUCAGGAAUGCCGAAAGCCUUGCGGAGGAGAUGAGAGGCCGAGGCGACGAUGUCUUCUCCAAGGAGCUCAAACUUAUCAAGGAGCAUGUCAAGACGCAUGUGGCACUUUGGCAAAGCGCAUGUCACCAAUUGCGGCCGAAAUCUACCUUUUCUCCUGCGAAGUCGCGUUUUCCGAAGAAGAAGACCCGAGAACUGCACGAAGUGAUGAAGUCUUUCGCAGAGGGACCUCGGGCGCUGCCGUUCUUCUCCAGGGGAGGGAAUUUGGACUGGAUUAAAGCUUCUUGUGCCUACGCAGAGCAGUCUAACUUUGCAUUCACCGUCGCUUUCCAAGAUCUCUGCGACAUCAAGGCCAAAGCAGUUGGUUGCGCCCCCGUAACUCAAACGUUCUUGAAUGCUAUGACAAUGCCCUCAUCUUUUGUCAAAGUACUUACGCAGAACAGCUGUGCGUGA